CAUCGUGGCCCAGCAUUGGCCAGCGCUCGUAGCUGUAAAGCGACAGGAUUGGCCACAGUGGCGGACGCGGGCAGGCAGGCGGCGGCUACGGCAAUGGGUCAAGAAGCUGGCAAACUGGCCUGGCCCAGACCAGCAGGAGGAUAUCGGACUAUUACACGUAGAAGAUACAGAAGAAGACAUGCCUAUGUCAGUUUUAGACAAUCUUUGAAUAGCCAAGACAGAGAUGAACGUCAACACUAUGAAGAGUGCGACGGAUCAAAUUUGGAGAAUGUUCAGACAGGGAGUUCUUUAUCUUUCUCUGAAGGUUCCAACCCAUUGGCUGAAGUUUCUUCUGGUUUAUUAGAUGAGCCUGUGUUAGAAAAUACUGGAACUGGAGAACCUGUUUGCCGAAGUGUACUAAGCCAAACUUCUGAAGCAAACACGUCACCAUUUUCUCUAUUUUCUUACGGUCUGGAAGACAACCAAGUCUCAGGAAACCUUAUGAAUCCUUAUGAAAAUUCUGAGGCCCUUGCAGGAUAUGCGUCUGGAGGGAGUAAUGAUUUGAAUGGUCAGAAUGGAAUUGCUUUUGUAAACAUUGACUCUUAUGAGCCAGAUAGCAGUGAUGGAGAGGAAAAUGAUGCCCAAGAAACAUUUUCUUUGGCAAGAGAAGUUGGUUUAUUUCAGGAAGCACUAGGUAACUUGCUUUCUGAGUUAGAAGGUGGCAUAGAGUCUUUUACUGAGUUACAGUCCCAAUUGCCCACUCUCAGCCAUAGUGUUUCUAGAGAAUGUUGUGAAGAAGCAGGACCAAUGCCUUUAACGAGAUAUUUUAGCAUAGAUUCAGACUUGGCAUGUCCAAACAACAUGACAUUUAAACCUUCUGCUGAAGAUCAAGCUAUACCAAAAAGUAGCCUGAGUGGUGCCAGUUAUGAAACACAGCAGAUAAAAACAGUGGGUGUUGAAAUCGGAACCUCUACAGAAAUUGCUAAUGAAUUAAGUGUCAGUGAUGGAAACACUGCCCAAGGAAAUUCACCUGAGCUAGUAGUGAGACCUAAAAUAAGAAAAGAAAAUACUGCAAACAAGUUGGAGAGAGAGAAGCUUCUCCCUAAUGAUGAUGAAGAGGAAGGUGGUUCCUGGAGGAAAACUGGAAUCGCUGAAGUCCAGCAAGGCCGUGCAGAGUAUGCCUUGAGAAACAGCAAAGAGAGGAGAUCUGUGUUCUUUGACUCAAGAGACUAUGAAGGUGAUCGAAAGAACACAAAAAUAGACCAAAGGAAAAGUGCAGCAGCUCAAGAACAAAAAAAUAGCACUUUUUGGGAUGAGUUUGAAGACUGCAGCAGAUACUUCUUAAUGACCCUCAGAGAUGAAGACAGCUCAGAAUGCAGUGAUGGAGAGUGGUCUACAGCUGUGCCUACCUAUUUGACUGCUACAGAAAAAGAGGAGUCCUCAAGUGAUGAGAGUUGGGAGUCUGCCCCAGGCAAGAAGGAACAUGGGCCCGAAGUGCAGAGCAACAGCAGUGGUGUAGAAGAGAAGACAGACUUCUGUUUCCAAGGAGGGGAACAGACAUUACUGGAGGAAGGAGAGAUUCCUUGGUUACAGUACCGGGAAGAAGUAGAAAGUAGCAGUGAUGAGGAAAAUUAUCCAUUUAGUGAUUUUUUGCAUCCUGUAUUCUUCCUGUUGGAUGGAAAUAACAACUUUGAGGAUGACUCCAGUGUGAGUGAAGACUUGGAUGUGGAGUGGAGACUACUUGAUGAGUUUGGUGAUGGCCUAGGACUUGCUCAAGCCAUUCCUUACAUGAAUCCUCAGUUUCUCACAAUUAUGGCCCUAGAGGGACGCUUACAACAAGCUAUGGAGGUUGUUCUGACAUAUUUGGAGACUCUUGGAUUUGAUGUUGAACAGGCUCAUCCACCAGCUACUAAAGAAACCAUAGAUUGUCUGCCACAGAUUACCGUCACAGAUGACCAAGAUGGUCAAGAUCAGUGUUGUACUAUCUGUUGCAGUGAAUAUGUGAAAGAUGAAAUCAUAACAGAGCUGCCCUGUCAUCAUUUGUUUCACAAAACUUGUAUAACUCUUUGGUUACAGAAAUCGGGAACAUGCCCAAUUUGUCGUCACGUGCUUGAACCCGUGCAUACUUAAGCAGCUGCUGCCACUGUUUCCUUUCUGUCUGAUCAUGAUUGAGCAUCUUCUGUUCACAGUGCUGCUGGAGCUUUAAACUAUGGUCUGAAAUAAAAUCUUUGCUAACAAAAUAAAAAUUUAACUUUUGCCUCUAAUUACAGUGUGAAAACAAUUAGGUAUAAAAUACUAUAUGUAAAAUACUAUCUAUAUUAUAUAUUUCUGUUUAGAAAGAGGGUGCAAGAGUUUCUAAACUCUUCAGGUUUAUAAUAAUAGCUUAAAUUUUCAAACUGUAAGUUAGAAGAAUUAGGUAUAAAAUACUAUAUGUAAAAUACUAUCUAUAUUAUAUAUUUCUGUUUAGAAAAGAGGGUGCAAGACUUUCUAAACUCUUUAGUUUUAUAAUAAUAGCUUAAAUUUUCAAACUUUAAGUUAGAAGAAUGUGUAGACUUUUUUCUUAGCAGAAUGUUACUGGUAACUGUAAUGUCUAAAUCUUGUAUUAUGAUAAUUUUUCCAAAGAGAGAAUUCAUGUGGCACUUCGAUCAAGUUCUUGUAGCUGCAGUGCAGUUGCAGCUUAUUAAAGUUAUGCUUAUCAUCUGUUUUAGGUACUAUAACUGAACUAUCUGGUUUUAUUAAAGUUAGUGCUACUAAGUGACUUGCAAAUAGGAGAGAUCAAUUACUAUCAGAUGUGAAGAUGUUCUGUGAUGCCAGCAGUGGUAAAAUUUGAUUUCACUGGAAACAAAUUGUAUAACGGAACAAUAUUUCUUACCAGCUUAUUCCAUAAUAAAUUUCUUUCCUAAUGUCAGCAGUGCUAUUAAA